ACCCUUCGUCUUUCUCUAUAUUCAUAUUCCACACUGCAACACCCAACACCAAGAAGCUAAACGAUGUCGUUUAUGCGGGGAGAUUUGCUUUGUCGAACGAGGAAGGUGGUGAAGGGUCUAGCGAAGGCAGAACCCGUAUGGCUGAAAGCGAUGGAGCAGGCGCCACCUGCAACAUUUCCUGCAGUUGGUGGCAAAAUUCCGACCAUCAGUCUUCCUGAGGAUGUGUAUGUGAAGAAGUUCUAUAAAAAGUAUCCGGAAUCCAAACACCAUGACCCCAUUAAGUUUCAUGCUUUUGAUCCUCCUCCUUCUCGUAUCUUUGCCUUGAGGGUUCUUCAAUUGAAAGACCAUGGUGUUAGUGAGGACCGAGCAAUGGCUAUAGCUGAUAUGGAAUAUCUGACAGAGAAGAAAGCAAAGAAGAAAGCAUAUAGCCGUUUGAAGGAAAUUGCACGUCUUCAAGGAAAGAGACCUCCUCCAAACCCAUAUCCUAGUGCUAUCAAGGAGAUACAAGCCGAGGAGAGGAAAUAUGUUCGUGAUCGUUUCUUUAAUCCAAAGAUACUCGAAAUUGUGAAGCAACAGAAAGCCGAGGCAAUGGAGAGAUUCAGUGCCCGUGCUGGUGCUGAUUGGUGACUUUUGAGGUAAACUUAAACUACAUUCAAUGUUUGCCUCUCACGAUAAUGUUUAUCAUUCACCCAUUGAAACCUGCCUAUUUCUUCCUCAUAUGAGGUCAAAUAUUUACUUGUUGUAAUAGAUAAAUUUCACUAGAAAGCUUUACAAAAUUUCUUGUGAAGGUCAUUUUUUCCAGGCUACUCAAGUUUUGUUAGAGCAGCAAAUAUUUGCAUUGUGUUGAACUCUCUCUUUUGUUGAAUUUGAACCUUAACCGGUUUUUCUUGGAGUGUCUUAGCACUGUCAGCACUCGAAUUUGCUUGAUAAACAUACUUUGAUUACUUGCUACACAGGGUUUGAAAGUA